GUUGAGGUGCUGCAGGAACUUCAGCCGCAUUUUGGCUUCGCAAUGCUUUCCCGGAAGAUGCAGGUGUCGCCGUGUCAAUGGACAUUUACGAACGUCAUGACUACCUUGGUGGACGAAGCACGGUCGUCACUGUCAAGGACGAUCCUGCCCUGGGAGUCAUUGAACUGGGCGCUUCCAUCUUUAUAGAGGACAAUUAUAACCUGAUGAAUGCUACCGAAAAGUUUGGAUUGAAGCUAAAGGUGCUAACCGAGGACGAUAAUGGCCGCGGGCUUGGACUUUGGAACGGUGAAGAAUUUAUCUUUGAAGAGACAGGCAACUAUUACUGGGAUGUAGCUAAAAUCAUUUGGCGCUAUGGCUUGUCGCCGAUGAAGUUAAAACGCCUAGUCCCUAUCAUCAUUGAGAAUUUCAAGGCCAUCUACGAUAAUGAUGCCACGCCUUUCCGAGAUAUCCCUACCGUGCUUGAAAGGCUGAACAUGGAGCAUUUAAUCAAUGCCACAGCCGCCGAGUAUCUUGAAGACGGGCAAAAUUUUGAUCAACGAUUUGUAAGAGAAAUUGUUCAAACCGCCACACGGGCCAAUUACGGACAAGAUGUUCACCUUCUGCAUGCCUUUGGUGCUUUGGUGUCAAUGGCAGCGGCAAAGGGGGCCUGGUCAGUGCAAGGCGGCAACUUCCUUAUCUUUGAAGAAUUCGUGCGACGCGCCAAUGCCGAAUUGCAUUUGCAAACCUCGGUCACCAGCAUUCAAAACGUGACUGAUGUGGAUGAGCAUGGUCUUCCCGUACGACGCUACAUUGUCACCACCGCAAACGACGAAAGCGAACUUUACGAUGCAGUAAUUCUGGCCACACCUUUGCAUAAUGCUCAAAUCGAGCUUCCUUUUGCCAAUACAGAUACGCACCGUACAUACCAUACGGUCCAUGUCACAUUGGUUGCGGGCGUUCCCAAUCCCGGAUAUUUCAACCGCGACAAAGACACUAUCCCGUCAUUUAUUGUGACGACAGGUCAUUUUGAGACGGAGAAUCCACCGUUUACUACAUUUGUAGUUCACCGAACCAUCGAGACGGGCGAAAGCGUGGUGAAAAUGUUCUCAUCGAAACAGAUGACAGAUGAUGAGCUUGACAAGUUGUUCUACGACCGUAGCUGGGUCUAUCGACAUCGGUGGGAAGCUUUUCCUAAACUGUUUCCUGUCACAUUAAAGGAAAAUACCCCCGACACAUGGCCAUCUUUUGUGCUGGAUGGUUUCCAAGAAGAAACAGGCUCCAGCGAACAUGGCAUCGUUUAUGUAAAUGCAUUUGAGAACGUGAUCUCGACCAUGGAAACACAAACGAUUGCUGCCAAGAACGCAGUCAAACUGAUUCAUGGACGUUGGUGCGGCCAUUCAUCGUCAUUGAAACGAGGUUGUGUAGCAUUUGGCGAUGGAUGGGGUGGAUUAUGAUGAGGAAGAGUUUACUAGAUAGACGUCCGACAUGUUCUCUAAUUGGAUGUUUCUUCGUGCCAUGUGAUCCGAAAAAAAUGUGUGUAUAACCCGCCAUUCGCCUUCGCUACUUGGCAUUGU